GGCUCUUUCGGGUCUUGUAAUUGGAAUGACUCCAAUAGCGUAUAUUAAAGUUGUUGCAGUUAAAAAGCUCGUAGUUGAAUUUCGGGGUUCUACCGACGGUGGUCCUGUUUUGUUGGUUUCUGAAUCACCACUAACUUCUGCGAAAGCAUUUGCCAAGGAUGUUUUCAUUAAUCAAGAACGAAAGUUAGGGGAUCGAAGACGAUCAGAUACCGUCAGCAUUGCAAUUAUUGCUCUUCAACGAGGAAUCCCUAGUAAGCAUGAGUCAUCAGCUCAUGCUGAUUACGUUCCUGCCCUUUGUACAUACCGCCCGUCGCUACUACCGAUUGAAUGGCUUAGUGAGACCCUCGGAUCGACUCAUAGAAACCUUCACAG